UUAACAAUCUACCCUGCACAGCGUCAUCUUGUCUCCCUAACAGGAAGCCGCUGUGAGCCAAGGGAAAGGCAGAAGACAGAUAUGAAUGUGUUCCCAGGCUUUCCUGGUGGUUUAUGGCAUUCUCCAAACUCCUCUGCAAGGGCUAUUCCUGACCAAGAAGACCUCAGGAGACCAUCCCUGAAAUCAAGUCUGGAUGAAGAACUAAGAGGGAAAAAAUGAAUAUGGUUUUUGCUCACAGAAUGGAUAACAGCAAGCCACCUUUGGUUAUUCCUACACUUCUGGUGCUCCUUCAUAACCACAGCUGCACUGAAACAGCCACACCUCAGCCAAGCCAUGACCUGACGGAAUUCUCUGAGGAGCACAGCUGGAUGAGCAACAGAACAGAACUUCAGUAUGGACUGAAACCCGGGGAGGUGGCCACAGCCAGCAUUUUCUUUGGGACUUUGUGGUUGUUUUCUAUCUUCGGCAAUUCUCUGGUUUGCUUGGUCAUCCACAGGAGUAGGAGGACUCAGUCCACCACCAACUACUUUGUGGUCUCCAUGGCAUGCGCUGAUCUUCUCAUCACCAUUGCCAGCACGCCCUUCGUCCUGCUCCAGUUCACCACUGGAAGGUGGACACUGGGCAGUGUGAUGUGCAAGGUCGUGAGAUAUUUUCAGUAUCUCACUCCAGGCGUCCAGAUCUAUGUUCUUCUCUCCAUCUGCUUAGACCGGUUCUACACCAUUGUCUAUCCUCUGAGCUUCAAGGUAUCCAGAGAAAAAGCCAAGAAAAUGAUCGCAGCAUCAUGGGUCUUUAAUGCGGCUUUUGUGACCCCCAUGUUCUUUUUCUUUGGCUCCAACUGGGACAGUCAUUGUAACUAUUUCCUCCCUUCCUCAUGGGAAGGAACUGCUUAUACCAUCAUCCACUUCCUGGUAGGCUUUGUGAUGCCAUCUGUCCUCAUAAUCUUAUUUUACCAAAAGGUCAUAAAGUAUAUUUGGAGGAUAGGCACUGAUGGCCGAACUGUAAGGAGGACGAUGAACAUUGUUCCGAGGACAAAAGUGAAAACUAUCAAGAUGUUCCUCAUUUUAAAUCUAUUGUUCUUGCUUUCCUGGCUGCCUUUUCAUGUUGCUCAGCUGUGGCACCCCUAUGAACAAGACUAUAAGAAAAGUUCCCUUGUUUUUACAGCUAUCACAUGGAUAUCCUUUAGUUCUUCAGCUUCUAAACCUACUCUGUAUUCAAUUUAUAACGCCAAUUUUCGGAGAGGGAUGAAAGAGACUUUUUGCAUGUCCUCGAUGAAAUGUUACCGAAGCAAUGCCUAUACUAUCACAACUAGUUCAAGGAUGGCCAAAAAAAACUAUGUUGGCAUCUCAGAAAUCCCACCCAUGGCCAAAACCAUAACCAAAGACUCAAUCUAUGAUUCAUUUGAUAGAGAGGCCAAGGAAAAAAAGCUUGCUUGGCCCAUUAACUCAAAUCCACCAAAUACUUUUGUCUAAUUUCACAGAAUUCUUUCAAUUGUUAUAUGCCAGAGAUUAAAAAACUUUCACUAUAAAAACAGAAGCUAUUUACCUAUUUUUUUCACUCAACUUUCUGAGGGAAAUGUUUUAUUUUGUACAAUGCAUUCAAUUAUUGAUUAUUGAUUUUUGUGGAUUCUAAUUUUUCAUUCUAGUUUUGUUAGCAUUUUAUUUUAGGAAAAUCAUUCACUUUGAACUAUAGUCAACAGUCUUGUCUAGUGUCUUGGUUACAUGAAUAAAAAAGAAAAUGCUUUCCUACUUCUUAUUUCAUUAGAAAAAAACAUGAACCAUACACACAGUCUUUGAUUAAUGAUUCAACCUAGUUUUGUUUCCUUUUCAUCUUCUCUACUGAAUUUUUAUAACUAUGGGCUUUUGUUCCGGAUGAAAUCUCUGUUACCCAUUUGAGAAACUGGUAUUCCCUCCACUAAGCAACAUCUAGGAAGGGUUACUAUUAUAUAUUUUCCUUAUUGCCUUCUUCCAAAUAACUACUGGUCAGUUAUAUUAUGGAAAGUACCACAUAUAUUGAAACUUUCUGGGAGGCCCAUGAUUGGAUUUUAAUCAGGAUUCUUAGGGAAAGAAAGCUUACAGAGUUACCUUAUUUCUCCCUCUUUUUCUCUUGUUUUCAUCCUUGAAGAUUUGAACAUUUUAAAGUGAACACAAUGUUUUAUUCACAUCUCUGUCCCAUCUAGGCUGUGUCCACAUCAUUUACCUCCCUUUUUGGGGUUAUAUACAAGUAAAGAAGCAGGUGUCCUUGCCAGGCAUGCUCAGAAAAUGCCAGCGGGUGAAAUGACAGGUGGCAGCGUUCUGCAGUUCAGGCAGAAAUCUUUGGCUGCCCAGCCCCACUCCUACACACCAAGAUGGCAAGAGCAAGGACUACCUUCUUCUGCUCUUAGAAACUCCAGUCAGAACCUCCUUCCCCUCAUCUCUCCACAUCACAACACCAUACCCUGACUAAGCUCAAAUUCUUCUUUGCCUGUAAUAACUAGGGAUAUUUUUCUCUGGUUUUCAAGUGUCUAUUAUUUCAAAUCUGGGACCAGCCAGCACAUUUUAAAAAUAUUUUUAUCUAAACAAUAAAGGCCUGGCUUGGUGCCCGUAGCUCAGUGAAUAGGGCGCCAGCCACAUACACCAAAGCUGGUGGGUUAGAGCCCGGCCCCGGCCUCCUAAACAGUAAUGAUAACUACAACCAAAAAAUAGUCAGGCAUUGUGGCGGGCACCUGUAUUCCCAGCUACUUGGGAGACUGGGCUGAGUCAAGAGAAUCACUUGGGCCCAAGAGUUGGAGGUUGCUGUGAGCUGUGAUGCUACAGCACUCUACCAAGAAUGACAUAAUGAGAGUCUGUCUCAAAAAAAAAAAACAAAAAACAAUAAAGGCCUUAUAGACAAGAAUGAUGUGUAUUUUUAUGCUCUAGUUAACAAGAGCUACAAAUAAUAACUCCAGUUGUUCAGCAAUUUUACAUGCAUUUUAACCUCUCAACAAUUCUGUAAUGUAUUUAUUAUUGCCUAUUUUAUAGAUGAGGAAACUAGAAUCAAAAGUUAUGUGACUUGCCCAAAUUUGAACGUGAC